AUGGUGGUUUUAGCAGCUGUGUUGGUAAGGGUUGUGAACUGGGUGUGGAUAAAACCAAAGAAGCUGGAGAGGUACCUGAGAAGAAAAGGUCUCCCUGGAACUCCUUACACGCCUCUCGUUGGAGAUAUCAAGAAGAAUAUUAACAUGUUGAUGGAGGCAAGAUCAAAACCCAUCUCUCUAACGGAUGAUGCCAUCCCAUAUCUCCUUCCUCUUGCCUUAAAGAUGUUCAACUCUCACGGAAGGACCUUCUUCAUGUGGACUGGACCUAUUCCAACGAUCAUGAUAACGAAUCCAGAGCAUAUCAAAGAAGUCUUUACUAAAUCUUACGACUUUGAAGCGACUGUUUCAUCACCUUUGGUCAAACUGUUAGUAGGCGGGCUGGCCAGCUACAAGGGAGAUAAGUGGGCGAGACACAGGAGGAUCAUCAACCCUGCUUUCAACCUCGAGAAGAUCAAGAACAUGGUCCCUGCGUUCUACCAUUGUUCCAGCGAGGUUGUGUCCCAAUGGGAGAGACAAGAAUCGUCAUGUGAUGUCGAUGUUUGGCCUUUGCUUGUGAAUCUGACCGCGGAUGUAAUCUCGCAUGCUGCUUUUGGAAGCAGCUAUAGAGAAGGUCAGAGGAUAUUUGAGCUCCAAGGUGAACUAUCUGGAAUCAUUUCACAAGAGCAUAAGAAACCUUACAUCCCUGGAAUGAG